AUGGGCGGAAAAACAUUUGCAGAGGUAAUCAAAGCCGGAGAAAUGAUCGAAAAUGGGAUCAAGACUGGAAGAAUAACAAGUCUAGCAGCAUUACAUGCCACUAGCAAGGCUAUCCAAACUGGUGCCCUCGGGAGUGGAAAGAAAAAGGAGAAAGAAGUUGCGGCUGUAAUGGCUUUGGGAGGUACUUCGUUUCACCAACGGCAACCUUCGCAAUAUCAAUCAAACGCCCCUCAUUCACAACAUUUCCAAUAUUCCUCACACUCGCCUUACCAAACUUCAUCAUCUUACCAGCCUCAACCACCACAAAACUCAUAUCAUGUUUUUAACACACAACCAACAUACCAAGCUCCACCAUCACAACAACCUCAUCAUCCCAACAAUACACCCGGACUCCGUCCAAACAGGCCUGCUCGCAACUUCACACCAUUAGGGGAGCCAUUAAGUGUUGUCUUUGAAAGGUUGCAAGCUUCAGGUUUAUUGUAUCCUGUGGAAGGCAGAAUUCCAAACCCAUUACCUAGAAGUUUUGAUCCUACCAAGACAUGUGCAUAUCAUUCUGGGGUAAAAGGACAUUCAACUGACCGUUGUUAUGCAUUAAAACACAAGGUUGAAGACCUCAUUGAGGCAAAACAAAUCAAAAUCAGACAACCAGCACCGAAUGUGAACAACAAUCCACUCCCGAAUCAUAAUGAAGCCUCGGUGAAUAUGAUUGGAGUGGAUGAAGAAGAUGAUGAUCCAGCUAGAUUCAUAGUGCAUGUUAGGAGCAUGGAAGAUCAUACAUUUGUGGCUGUUACUUCUCCUACAGUGAUGAUAAGAGGCUUUACACCCAUUGAGAUACUAGGAGUUGCAUCUACACCUGUGGAGGUACUUCAAGCGCCAAUUCAGUUACCAGUGGUUGAUACUAGAGCUGUACCGUGGAAUUAUCAACAGGUUGUGAUGGAAUGCCAUGGAAAAGAAACAACCACUAUUUCGGGAAUGACGAGGUCUGGAAGAUGCUACACUCCAGAAAAACUAUCUGGGUUGAGACAAGGCAAUGAAUGCAAUGUUCCACCCAAGAAUGUUGUGACAGACGCAGAAGCACAAGAGUUUCUGAGAAAGAUCAAGGCGAGUGAAUACUCAGUUGUGGAUCAAUUGAAGAAGACCAAUGCCCAGAUCCCAAUCCUAUCUUUGCUUUUGACUUCGGACGUACACAGAGAUGCACUCCUGAAGAUUUUGAGUGAAGCAUAUGUGCCGACUGAAACAACUAGUGAAGCAAUAUCUGGAAUGGUUGGAUGUAUACUUGAUUGUCACCUAAUCAGCUUUGAUGAUGAAGAAUUGCCACCGGAGGGAUAUAGUCAUAACAAGGCGCUCCACAUAACUGUUAAGUAUCGUGAUAUGUUCAUAUCUAGAGUGUUGAUUGAUGGAGGUUCCGAGAAGACCAUGGAUUCAUCUGGCUGGGUUGUGCCAUCGACUUUGCAUCAAACCGUCAAGUUUAAGUGGGAUCAACAACAAAUAGUCAUACAUGGAGAAGGUGAUACGUCUAUCUAUCGGGAGCAAUCUAUCUCAUUCAUUGAUGUAACAGGAGAGCUGGGUGGAGCUACAUACCAUGCAUGGGAAAUUGUGGAUCCUACCUAUGUAGCUGAAGAGAGGCGAACCGAGGAGCCAAAGAUGUCUUGCGCUGCGAUCAUGGUGGCAAAGGAGAUGCUAAAGAAUGGGUAUCAACCAGGAUUGGGGUUAGGAAAAACAUUGAAUGGACGAGUUGAGCCUAUAGUCCUGCCCGGACAACAGUUUACUUUUGGUUUAGGAUACGAACCUACUCAAGAGGAACUGAAGGAAGCACGACAGAAGAAAGGAAAAGAGAUCCACCUACCAAAACCAAUCCCAACCAUUGACCAAACUUUCCUAAAGCCUACUAUUGUCCAGACUCCGGAUGUACCUGUUGAGGUUUCAUGUGAUGACAUCAUAGAGGGUGUCAAGAACUUGUUCGUGGGAGAUGAAGAUGAUCAUGAUAUGGUAUUUGCAGACAUUGCUGAAACACUGAUUGUACGUGUUGUCGAACCGGGAUCUGUUUUGAAGAAUUGGACUUGCAUCUCAGCCCCGGUUCGUCGGGAGUUUCAGUAG